GUGUUCCCGAAUUGUCCCGUGGCAAUCUCGAGCAUCUUUCGCUGGAUCGUCAACCGCCAGUGUCGGAGCGUCAGCUAGUCCGUCUGUAUAGGAACGACACUGCAACGUCACCCACCUUAAUGACACACCACAGAUCGGACUCCACCGUUACAGACCGCAGACCAAUUGACGCGCAUAGCAUAGAUAUAUCUGACUUGCUUCUACUUGCCUUGGUUCUCGUUGGCGUUGGCGCCGCGAUCUCAAUCUGAAGAGGAGUUUGCUGAGCCAGCUGCGUCCGAACCGGCACUAUCUGAAUCCGCGUAAUCCCUAGGUAUCUGGCGAUAACCCGAGAGGCUGAGGGGUUUCUCUGCUUGCACGGGGUGUGCCCUGCGCUCAAUACUCCCCGUGGCGCGGAGCGGUCGCAUGCGCGCCGGCGGGAGGUGCGGGAGAGGGAUGCUGCAUCGGGCCUCGCGGGGAAUCGGCGGCAUCAGGCAUGGCGUGGCGCCGGGGGGGGUGGUUGUUCUGGCCGUCGUGCGCGGUUCUCGCGCUCGUCACCACGGCCCUCGUGCUCCUGCCGCUGCUCGCCACCCGCAACCAGGACGUGGACUUGCUGGCGCUGCUAGGGGCCGGCCAGGGCACCAACGGUAGCACCCGUGACUCGGCGCCGGGGAACGUGGGAGCGCCGGGGAACGGGGACGCGGUGGGGAACGGGGGAGCGCCGGGGAGCAGGGAAGCGCCGGGGAACGGAGGAGCGGCGGGGUUCGGGGAAAAGGCGGGGAAGGGAGUGGGGAAUGUGGGGUCAGGAGGAGCUGGGCGCGGAGGGAUGGUUGGACUGGGGCGGGAGGGAACAAAGGGCGGAGGGACGGUAGGCAAGGGGCGGGAGGGAGCGGAGCAGGCUGGAAGUGGGGAGGAGGACGGGGAGGAGGCGCAGCCAGUGUGGGCUGGUGACAAGACGGCAAGACAACAGGUUCUCUCCAAGCCCCCCAGCAAGUGGCGCACGGCCGUCUGCCUGGUGGGCGGCGCGCGCGACUUCGAGCUCACGUGGCCGUCCAUCCUCACGCGCCUGCUGCCGUCACUGCCCUCCCCCUCGCUCUUCCUCCACUCGCCGCUGGACGAAAACGCCUUCAAGCUCUGGGGCACGCUGUGGACCAAGAAGAACCAGCUCGCGGGGGUGCGGGUAUUUGCAAGCACGUGGGUGAACGCCACAGAGUACGGCGGCGGGAUCGUGCUGCACGACCAGUACUCCCCGCAGGGCGACCAGGGCAUGCUGCAGUACCUGCGCCUCGUGGAGGGGUGCGUGUGGCUCAUCCGCACGUACGAGGAGCGCCACUCGAUGCGGUUCGACUGGGUGGUGCGGUCGCGCGUCGACACAUACUGGUCGAAGCCGCCGCCGGCUCUGGCGAGCUUUGGAGUGGAUGAGUACACGGUGCCAUGGGGCACGGACUGCAUGGGGCUGAAUGAUAGGUUUGGCGCUGGCACGUGGGAGACGGCUGCUCCCGCGCUGCACCGGCUGAGCAUGCUGCGCGACAUGGGCACAAUGGGGUACAGCAACCUCAACUCGGAGGGGGGCUUCAAGGUGCAGCUGGAGGUGGCGAACGUGUCGGUGGGGCGUGCGGACCUGCCGUUCUGCGUGGUCAGCCGCCGCGUGUACCCGGACGGCAUGAUGCCCGUGGCCGCGCUCACCUCCACCGCGCCGCUCAACGGCGCCAAGUGCCGGCCCUGCACCGACCCAGCCACUGGAUACGAGGCCAUACACCGCCUGCACUACUAUGCGCCUAUGGCGCACAUCGGUCCCCCGGCGUCCAAGCGUCGGGCGUACGGGCGCGGCAUCCACCUGUGCAACGAGCGGCAGCCGUGGGAGGCCAACUGGAGUGCGGUGUUUGAUCAGACCGUGGGGCCGAAGCUGGCGGAGAUGCGGCGCGCCAUCAUGGCCGUGCGGGAGAAUGUGAGGGAGUGCAGCAGGAACUUCGCCAAGAUGACCAGAGCGGCGGAGGCAUGGCACGGGCCGGCGCCAGAGGCAGUGUGUGCGCGAAUGACUCUGGGGCCCAUGGUCAAGGUGGGGGGCGAGGGGCGCUCCUUCCCCACCGCUCUGGAGCCUCUCAGCAACAGCAGUGGGGUGUUGUCCAUCGGUGCGGGCACGAACGACAAGGCAUGGGAGAGUGAGAUGGAGGAGGCAGUACCGGGACUCACAGUGCAACUCAUGGACAGCCUCCCACCCACCCUCACAUUGCCAACACAUAUACUCAAGCUCCCCCUCAGCGGGGCCCACCUUUCAACGGUGCAGCAGUGGGUGGUGCAGCGGUCUGCGCCUCCCGUGUGCCAGCUGCUGCUCGCCUUCCCCACCUCUGCGGGCGGUGCUCGGCUGAGGGACAAGUACUCCUCGGGGCUGCUCAAGAUAGGCUUCCAACUCGCGGAGUGCGUGCACGAGGCGCAUGUGCCUGUGGACCGCUGCUGCUUUUUCUCCUCCAACUACUGCCCCCACCCCCGCGCUCCCGACUCCCCUGCCUGAGUGGUUUUUUUGUUUUGGGCGGGGGGAGGGGGAGGGAGGGGUGCGGAGGGGAUGCGUAGGGGAUGGGAGCAGAAGGUGAGAGGAGGAAAGGAAGGUGUGCGAGUGAAAGGGGGCGAGGAGGUUGAAGGGAGGGCAGUGAAUGUGGGUUUGCUUGGGGGUGGAAAUGGGGGUGGAGUGGACGGAGGAGCAGGAUGAGAAUGCGGGGGAGAAGUAGGUAGAUGAGUAGAAUGGAUGUGCUCAGUCAUGAGUACUGAUGGUGAUGAAGUUGAUGAAGGGAAUGGUUGGUAAGACUAGCGCAUGCUGUCGUGCAUCACAAGUGCUGAUGUCGAAACGAGAAAUUCUUUGAUACAGGAGUGGCUGACGGCCUCAAAUGACACCUGAUGAGUGACCUAAAAUGGGUUAAUUAGAAGCCUUUUUACAAUUGGAUUUUCUCACA